AUGGAAAAUUUGCUUUCUGGCAUUGACGCUGUUGCUUUUGAUUCAACUUAUGAUUUGAUGGGCUCAACAAUUUGGAAAGUCUUUGCCAUUUUUGAGUUGGGUUCCAGUGAUAAAUGGUAUGUUGCUAAGGGAAAUGGCAUAUUGCAACAUCAUCAACUGAUUGAUGAGUUUGAGAAUGUUGUUGGAGAAGAUGGAGUUAUAUUCUUUUUGCUUGCACACUUGAUUAAUACAUCACAAUUGCAGGAAGCUAUAGUUCUACCCCCAUUUGUGGCAAUAGCAAUUCGCCCAAGACCUGGUGUUUGGGAAUAUGUUCGUGUCAAUGUGUAUGAACUGUGUGUGGAACAAUUAAGUGUUUCAGAAUAUCUUCGCUUCAAAGAGAACUUGUACAAUGAAAAUUUUGUGCUGGAACUUGAUUUCGAGCCAUUCAAUGCAACAUUUCCUAGACCAACUCGGUUAUCUUCCAUUGGCAAUGGGGUUCAAUUUCUCAAUCAUCACCUGUCUUCAAUCAUGUUCCGUAAUAAGAAAGUUUGGAGCCUUUGCUUCAUUUUCUUCGCACCGACAAACAUAAUGGUCUUAAAAGAAGAAAGGAAAAAUCUUAGUGAAGACUAUGAGUAA